CCCCCCAGGUCCAGCCGAGCCCCCCCCGGCCCCCCCCCAUGGACGUCACCUACGCCGUGGUCAACAAGGCGCGCCGGGGGGGCGGGGCCGGCGGCCGGGACCCCGCCCCCUCCGGCCGGGACCCCACCCCCUUCGGCUGGGAGCCCGCCUCCUCCGGCCGGGACCCCGCCUCCUUCGGACGUGACUCCGCCCCCUGCGACCGAAGCCCCGCCCCCGCCAGACGAGAGCCCACCCCCCUCCCCGGGAGCCCCCAGCGGCGCCCCUCCCCCACCCGCGCCUUGGCCCCGCCCACUGACGACGCCUACGAGGUGGUGACCCCUCCCCCUGGCGCCGCCCCCCGCCUCGGUUUCAACUUCCGCAUCGGGAAACCCAAAGGACCGCGGGAACCUCCGGCCGAUUGGUCGCGGGGGUGAGGGGGGGCGGGGCCCCAAAAUUCAUUAACCCCCCCCCAAAUUCAUUAAACCCCCCCAAAAUUCAUUAAACCCCCCCUAAAACACACAAUA